CAGAAGCAGCUCGGCUGCUUUUUAGGCUCGUUUUGUUUUUCUGAGCACCUGGCUCGGUUUGGUUUCUUCUUUUCUUCAAGACACAGAAGAAGAAGAAACUCUGGGCUUUCAUUCAGUGGAUGUGUCUGGGAAAGAAGUGAGGAUUUCUUUGGUGAGACGGACUGCGCGCGGAGCCUCCGGGGUCCGAGAGCUGUCUCGUUGUGCAAAGAAGAAACCCACUGACAUAUUCAUCACCGACUGGCUCUACCAGGAGACAGAAGAGCCAAACACAAAGAGAAGAGCAAACAGUACGAAGGAGACCAGCUGUGAAAUCUGGCAUGAGUCUCUGCAGCAUCCCAGCAGAUGAACUAGAAGUUCCCUAAGAAGUUUAGUUUGGAAGAUAAACCAAGAUCCCACCUCAGUGGGAGCACAGCUUCACUGAGAGGAGCCUCGAAGGGGAAGGUGGAAUAAAGUUCACCGUUGCUCAGGUGGAACAAGAUGGCAGUGUUGGCAGAGAGGCGUCAGGGUUUUGGUCUGCUGAGGGCCCUCGUGGUGUUUCUGGGAGUUUCUGUGCUCUGCAACGUUGCACUGGGAACAAGGAAAGGACACUCUUCUCUGGACCACAGGAGCCACAGACACAGACAUCCAGAUCAUUUGUCGCUGCACAGACACAGACAGAGGGCAGGGAAGGAAGGGCAGGUACUACACCGGUCCAAACGAGGAUGGGUGUGGAAUCAGUUCUUUGUUAUUGAGGAAUACACCGGACCGGACCCAGUUCUGGUGGGCAGGCUCCACUCGGAUGUAGACAAAGGGGAUGGUAACAUCAAGUAUAUCCUGUCCGGUGAAGGUGCAGGCACCAUAUUUGUUAUUGAUGACAAAACAGGGAACAUCCACGCCACAAAAACCCUGGACCGCGAGGAGCAGGCCCAGUACACCUUAACAGCCCAGGCUGUGUCAAGAGACACACAUGAACCUCUGGAACCUCCAUCAGAGUUUAUAGUGAAAGUUCAAGACAUCAAUGAUAAUCCACCAGAGUUUCUGCAAAGUCCAUACCAUGCCAGGGUGCCCGAGAUGUCCAAUGUUGGUACGUCGGUGAUGCAGGUGACAGCUACAGAUGCCGAUGACCCCACCUACGGCAACAGCGCCAGGCUGGUGUACAGCAUACUGCAGGGACAACCAUACUUCUCUGUUGAGUCUCAGACAGGUAUAAUCCGAACUGCUUUGCCAAACAUGGACCGUGAGGCGCGCCAGGAGUAUGAUGUUGUCAUCCAGGCCAAAGACAUGGGGGGUCACAUGGGGGGGUUGUCAGGGACCACGGAGGUUAAAAUCACUCUCACAGAUGUCAACGACAACCCUCCGAAGUUUCCACAGAGUGUGUAUUCCAUGUCUGUGUCGGAGGAUAAAGUACCAGGAGAAGAGGUUGGACGUCUGAAGGCCAAAGACCCGGAUCUAGAAGACAACGGACUUGUAAAGUACUGUUUAAUAGAUGGAGAUGGAAUGAACAUGUUUGAACUGACAAAAGACUCAGAGACCAGAGAGGCUGUUAUUAAACUGAAGAAGCAAGUGGACUUUGAGACAAAGAGGUCCUACACUUUAAAGGUAGAGGGAUCCAACCCUUACAUUGACUCCCGUUUCCUUGCUUGGGGACCUUAUAAGGAUGAAGCCACCAUCAAGAUUUCAGUGGAAGAUGCAGAUGAGCCUCCAGUUUUUGUAGCUCCCAGUUACACUUUUGAGGUGGAGGAGAACGCACCCAAAGGCACCUCGGUGGGACGAGUUCAUGCCAAGGACACUGAUGUUGCCAACAAUCCUGUUAGAUACAUGAUUCCUCUUUACACGGAUGUGGAGCAGUUCUUCAGCAUUUCAGAGGAUGGGAUGAUCACAACUACCAGACCGCUGGACAGAGAAACCCAGCCCUGGCACAAUAUCUCUGUGUCGGCCAUAGAGAUUGGAGGCCACCACCAAGACACAAAAGUGCGCGUUAACAUCAAAGUGAAAGACGUGAAUGACAACCCCCCAGAGUUCGCCAGCAACAACGAAGUCUUCAUGUGUGAAGCCGUAGCGCCGGGGAAGGUUAUUGAAACCGUCAGUGCAGUGGACAAAGACGAGAUGGCUCACAGGCAACACUUCACAUUCAGCCUCGCUCAAGAAGUCGCCCACAACCAAAACUUCUCCCUCAAAGACAACAGAGACAGCACGGCCAGCAUCUAUGUGCUCCGGAAAGGAUUCAGCCGUCUAACUCAGGAUAUUUACCUACUUCCCAUUGAGAUAAAUGACAAUGGCUUCCCAUCCAUGAGCAGCACCAACACGCUGACCAUCCGAGUUUGUUCCUGCGACAGUAAACACACCAUCCUGUCUUGCAACGUGGAACCCUACAUCCUGCCUGCUGGCCUCAGCACCGGCGCUCUGAUUGCUAUACUGGCCUGCAUCGUCAUCCUUCUGGCAAUAGUUGUGCUGUUUGUUGCACUGAGACGACAGAAGAAAGAACCCCUGAUAGUGUUUGAAGAGGAAGAUAUCCGGGAGAAUAUCAUUACUUAUGAUGAUGAAGGAGGUGGAGAGGAGGAUACUGAAGCCUUCGACAUUGCAACGCUGCAGAACCCAGAUGGUGCCAACGGUUUCCUGCCAAGGAAGGACAUCAAACCAGAACUUCAAUAUCCCCUCAGGCCGGGCGUUGGGCAUCCUGCAGCUAACAGUGUCGACGUUGAUGACUUCAUCAAGACUCGAAUUGCAGAAGCUGACAGUGACCCCACUGCCCCUCCUUAUGACUCCAUUCAGAUCUAUGGCUAUGAGGGUAGAGGAUCAUUGGCUGGGUCUCUGAGUUCGCUUGAGUCUGUCACAACAGAGUCUGACUUGGAUUAUGACUAUCUGCAAAGUUGGGGGCCAAGGUUUAAGAAGCUGGCAGAUUUGUACGGGACCAAAGACGGUUCUGUUCAUGAUGCUGAUGACGAUGAAGACUCUUAACAGCGGUUUUCCUCAGCGAUGGACACCCCUGAUUCUUGAUGUAUUGAUUCCAAGAAGAUAUGUUAAUCAAGGGUUAAUUCUCUCCAGUUUCCAGUUGUCACCAUCUUCCAACUGAUUAGUUCAUGCCAAUUUGUCAGCGAACGUUAACGACUCUCCCUCUCUGUGGCUGGCACUUUGUGUCAGUUUGUCAAUGAACACAUAAUGAAUGCUUAGAGUUGAACUGCUCCCAAUUUCCUUAAGUUUCUCUUGUCUAGUUCCUUUACUCUGUUUCUUUUGCAGGGCUGGGAGAUUUGUUAUGUCGCCAAUUUGUUCAUCUGGAAGCAGUUUGAUGGAAACAGUGUUGCUUUAUCAUCAGUAAGACUUGCCUAUAGCAAACUGUGUGUAAAAGAGGUUUUGUAUGCUUUUAUGGACUAGAUUCAUGUACUUCCUCAAUAGUUCCUCAGAGAGGUUUUAUUACUUUCACAGUUCCUGAGCAGGGCAGGUUUUGCUUUGUUGCUCUCUCUAAGGAGAGAAGGAGGAGUAAGAUGAAAGUAAAUUAACAGACAAAGUUUGAAUGAGAUCCGGCAACUGCCUGCUUAGAGACAUAAACACUGAAGAUGUCUCAGAAAGGUCAAAUAUGUUGUUUUGUUGUUGAAAAGAGCAGAUACUCUGAUUUUGAUGGGUUAGUCAACUCUGGGUUGUUGAUACUCUGAAGAUGCCUAGAGCACCUUCAGAGUAUGGUGGCCUUAUAAUAAUUAAACAACUCCAGGGGUAAACACACAAAAGACUGAAGAUAGAGACCACUAGCUUCAGUAGCUUCACAGACAAGUAAACACAAAGACUGUAGGAGUAUCUGUGAAUACGCUAGAGAAUUGUCACAUUUUUUCUACUCCCGAAAACAGACAAACCCUGAAAAGAAAUCUGUUUUAAAACUGUGGAUUUUGUUUGUUUUCAUUUCUCACUGCAAAGAAGAUGCUUAAUGAAAACCUGUCCUUCAUCACAGUCCUGGUGUCUGAACUUCCACCAUUAGCAGUCAUUCUACAAACGAGUCA